GACAGUCGAUGGGACGCCCAGCCUGGGUCCAAGUGUCCAGCAGGAAGGAGAUGUGGCUGCUGUUGGUCCUAUUGGGGGUCCUGCUGGGGGUGCCAAGGGUCCCAGCCUUGUCUCUUGAGACCUCUGAGGAAAUAGAGCUAGAGCCCUGCCUGACCCCCAGCCCAGACCAGCAGGAGCAAGAGUUGACCAUGGCCCUGGGACAGCGUGUGCGGCUCUGCUGUGGACGGGCUGAGCGUGGUGUCCACUGGUACAAGGAGGGCAGCCGCCUUGCAGCUGUGGGCCGGGUACGGGGAUUAAGGGGCCACUUGGAGAUUGCCAGCUUCCUGCCUGAGGAUGCUGGCCACUACCUUUGCCUGGCGCGAGGCUCCAUGCUUGUCCUGCACAAUCUCACCUUGGUUGUGGCUGACUCCUUGACCUCCAGUAGUGAUGAUGAGGACACCAAGACACGCAGGAGCCCCUCAAAUGGGUACAUUUACCACCAAGCACCCUACUGGACACACCCCCAGCGCAUGGAGAAGAAACUGCAUGCAGUGCCUGCAGGGAACACAGUCAAGUUCCGCUGUCCAGCUGCAGGCAACCCAAUGCCCACUAUCCGCUGGCUCAAGGAUGGUCAGGACUUCCAUGGGGAGCAUCGCAUUGGAGGCAUUCGGCUGCGCCACCAGCACUGGAGCCUGGUGAUGGAGAGUGUGGUGCCCUCAGACCGUGGCAAGUAUACCUGCCUCGUGGAGAACUCUGUGGGCAGCAUCCACUACAGCUACCAGCUGGAUGUGCUGGAGAGGUCCCCGCACCGGCCCAUCCUGCAGGCGGGACUCCCGGCCAACACCACAGCUGUGGCGGGCAGCGAUGUGGAACUGCUGUGCAAGGUGUACAGUGACGCCCAGCCUCACAUCCAGUGGCUAAAGCACAUUGUCAUCAACGGUAGCAGCUUCGGUGCUGAUGGCUUCCCCUAUGUGCAAGUCCUAAAGACAGCAGACAUCAAUAGUUCGGAGGUGGAGGUCCUAUACCUGCGGAACGUAUCAGCUGAGGAUGCAGGCGAAUACACCUGCCUGGCAGGCAAUUCCAUUGGCCUCUCCUACCAGUCGGCCUGGCUCACAGUGCUGCCAGAGGAAGACCUCACGUGGGCUGCAGCGGUAUCUGAGAGCAGGUACACAGACAUCAUCCUGUAUGCCUCGGGCUCUCUGGCACUGGCCGUGCUCCUGUUGCUGGCCGGGCUGUACCGUGGGCAGGCGCUCCACAGCCGGCACCCCCGGCAGCCUGCCACCGUGCAGAAGCUGUCCCGCUUCCCUCUAGCCCGACAGUUCUCUCUGGAGUCUGGUUCCUCGGGCAAGUCCAACUCAUCCCUGGUGCGGGGUGUCCGGCUCUCCUCCAGUGGGCCCCCUUUGCUUGCUGGCCUUGUGAAUCUCGACCUACCUCUUGACCCACUGUGGGAGUUCCCCCGGGACAGGCUGGUGCUCGGGAAGCCCUUGGGUGAGGGGUGCUUUGGGCAGGUGGUGCGGGCCGAGGCCUUUGGUAUGGACCCCUCCCAGCCUGACCAGUCCAGCACCGUGGCUGUCAAGAUGCUCAAGGACAAUGCUUCUGACAAGGACCUGGCUGACCUGGUCUCGGAAAUGGAAGUUAUGAAGCUCAUUGGCCGACACAAGAACAUCAUCAACCUAUUGGGAGUCUGCACCCAGGAAGGGCCCCUGUAUGUGAUUGUGGAGUGUGCUGCUAAGGGCAAUCUACGCGAGUUCCUGCGGGCCCGGCGCCCCCCAGGCCCUGACAUCAGCCCUGACGGGCCCCGGAGCAGCGAGGGGCCCCUCUCAUUCCCUGCACUUGUCUCUUGCGCCUACCAGGUGGCACGGGGCAUGCAGUAUCUGGAGUCAAGGAAGUGCAUCCACCGGGACCUGGCUGCCCGUAACGUGCUGGUAACAGAGGACAAUGUGAUGAAGAUCGCUGACUUUGGGCUGGCCCGAGGUGUCCACCACAUUGACUAUUACAAGAAAACCAGCAAUGGUCGCCUGCCAGUCAAGUGGAUGGCACCAGAGGCCUUGUUUGACCGAGUGUACACUCACCAGAGUGACGUGUGGUCAUUUGGGAUCCUGCUGUGGGAGAUCUUCACACUCGGAGGCUCCCCCUACCCUGGCAUCCCUGUGGAGGAGCUGUUCUCAUUGCUGCGGGAAGGGCAUCGCAUGGACCGACCCCCACAAUGCCCUCCAGAGCUGUACGGGAUGAUGCGUGAGUGCUGGCAUGCAGCGCCCUCCCAGAGGCCCACUUUCAAACAGCUGGUGGAAGCACUGGACAAGGUCCUGCUGGCUGUCUCUGAGGAGUACCUUGACCUCCGCUUGACCUUUGGGCCCUACUCUCCUGAUGGUGGGGACGCCAGCAGCACCUGCUCUUCCAGCGACUCUGUCUUCAGCCAUGACCCCCUACUGCUGGGGUCCAACUCAUUCCCCUUUCCUGGGGCACAAACAUGA